UUCAAAAUUGCAAACCAAGAAAUUCACUAAUCAAUCUGGUAAGGGUUUACAAUUCCUUGCAUUCUUUCGUGCAAUUUUUUGGAGGGAUAACGAGUCGCGUUGCCAGAGUUUCCAAAUGGCGAAUUCGGCCACCGGUAGAUUCCUUCACAUUUAUCAGGGAAUUGAAUCCCAUUUCUUUCCGGUCGCAGUACUAUCUAGGGCAAAGAAGAGCUAUGGUUCUUCAGGCCCUGUUAGGUAUAUUCCAGGACGCUUUGCCCAAAUAGAAAAUACCCAGAGCUGCAAAUCUUUGCAGGGUUCUGCGAACAAGGAAGAGCCUAUAUCUGGAAACCCUACUUCUGGAUUGGCGAAUUUUGAUGGCAGACGGCUUCCAAAUAGUCUUUUUCAUGACGAAACGUCGAGCCAAAACAAUAUCUUUGAGCAGAUUGGAGGAUGUUCAGGAAUUGAAGAAUCCAAUGGGCCAGUACGGGGGCUGUAUGAUUCUGAUUAUGAGAACAAGGAUGAACUGAAUAAAAUCUCAAAGGUUAAUGGCGAUGGAUUCCGAAAAACUAGAGAAGAAAUUGAAGAGGUGGCGGUGGGUCUACUUGCAGCAAGAGCGAUGACUGCAAUUGAGCUGCGAAAGAAACUACGAGGAAAGAAGUAUCCUUCUGACAUUAUAGAAUUCGUUGUAUCUGAUUUCAAGUCUAGGGGGUUACUAAAUGAUAGCAUAUAUGCGGAAUCAUUCACCCGUUCGCGAUGGCUUUCCUCGACUUGGGGUCCAAGAAGGAUAAGGCAAGCUUUACUUCAGAAAGGUGUGGGCCAAACUGAAACAGAGAGAGCAAUAAAGCAGGUGUUUGAUGAGGAAGAUUCUGAAUGCAAUGACCAGAACAUGCAGCAUAGUAUGAGCAAGCUUUCAAUGGACCAUCUUCUUCUUCAGGCCUCAAAACAAUGGCUGAGAAAUCAGAACACCGCCGUCGACAAUCGGAGGGCUAGGAUUGUAAGGUGGCUCCAAUAUCGCGGUUUCGAUUGGGAAGUCACCAACUACAUACUCAAGAAACUCGAAUGUCAAUAUCCGGCAUGAGAUCGUAAGCUGUUGCACCGAGCGAAGAUUGUUUCGUCUCGCACUCCGGCUUUCAUCGGUCAAUCUUUCAAAUCGCCGUCAUAGUUUUGUUUCGCUAUAAUUUUAUCGUUGCUUUUUUGAAAUUUGCAGCGGGAAAUAAUUUCCCACAAUCAAAGUUUUCGUGCAUGUUGCAGUUAUCUAUAACAGACCAAGCAUCAUUUGAGGUUCUUUCCUUGUCAUAUAUAAAAUUUAGGAGUAUUUACAUGUAGACCCGACAAUUCUCAUGUAUUGAUAUAUCUAACCUCUAAAUUUUCAUAUUCAUAUUUAUAAUAUUGUGGCGCCUUUU